AUGAUGUUAUUACAUGGUGAACAAUAUCUUGAACUCAAGAAACCUAUUCCCACUUCUGGCAAAUUAAUCUCAACUCCGCGUAUCAUUGAUAUUCUUGACAAAGGUAAAGGAGCUUCAAUUAUUCUCGGUAUAAUUACCAAAGAUGAAAGAGGUGAAAUCGUAUUUGAAAAUGAAACAACCUUAUUCAUUCGUGGAAUUGGUGGUUUUGGUGGUCGAAAAACUGGUGAUGAUCGAGGAGCAGCUACGGCAUCAAAUACACCACCAAAACGUCCUCCGGAUACAGUUAUGCAAGAAAAAACUGUCGAAUCACAAGCAGCCAUAUAUCGUCUAAGUGGUGAUUAUAAUCCACUGCAUAUCGAUCCUAAUAUGUCUGCGAUGGGCGGUUUUGAAGUACCAAUUCUUCAUGGAAUGUGUACCUACGGUAUAUCAGGCAAGCAUGUGUAUACAAAAUAUUGUAACAAUGAUCCUAACAAUUUUAAGAGUAUAAAAGCUCGACUUGCCGCACCGGUUUUUCCUGGAGAAACACUUGAAACACAAAUGUGGAAGGAAGGAAAUAAAGUCAUUUUUCAAACACGCGUUGUCGAACGAGAUAUCAUUUGUGUUGCGUCUGCAGCGGUUGAAUUGAAAAGUUCAGAUGGAGGCAGGGUUAAAUCCAAAUUGUAA